GGGAGAAUCGACCAGGGUGAGGAGUUCGCCGGCGUCGAAGCCACGGACCACGGCGGCGCAAGCUUGAAGGGGCCGGUGGCCAUGGCGGGGAGGUGGCGCUGCGCUCGGGUGCCGCAUGCCUCCUCUGCCGCUCCUUAUUUCUUUCUUCCCAACUCCUUCUCUCUUGCACGUCGCCGUCCUACUUCCCACGUAGCAAAGAGAUUGAGGAAGAGGCGGGAGUCGGGUCAAUCGAUUUGUCGCACGACGGAUGCGGCACUCCUUGUUCCAUCAAGAUCAACAGGCUGCAGAGGGAGGCGGAAGAGGAGCCACGACCUCGGAGCAAGAGAAUGCCGCCUAGCAUGCAUCUGACUGUAACUGUUUUAUCCAUGAGAUGGAGCAUAAGAGAAGUGCAUCUCUAAAAUUCACAGUUUUGAACCCAAAGAGACGCAUCUAGACAAUGGUUGCAUGAGUGGUUCCAGUGUCAUAUACGCCAACAUGAAUUCGCUACGAGGUUGGAGAUUUGGGAUUGGAUGCUGCGCCAAGAACGAGGGACAAGGUGCUGAACUAAGUAGGGGCAGAAUGAUUCUUCAGGAUGAGUCAGAAACUGAAGAAGAUGAUCCCUUGGACACAGAAGAUGCUUCCUCUGUCCUCAUCGCUGCACUACAGUCUUUCGGCCAAGCUCUGGUGAAUGACAACGAAGAAAAAGAUAUCGUGAAAGAGGUAGAUGUCUUCUUGCGUCCUACCCUAAAUGACAGGGGCUCUCCUAUCAGCAAAAUAGCUACUCUGGAGGCGCAGAUGACGAUAGCAAGAGACCGUAUCUUGAGGAUAAGUGAAUGACUAUGAGGUCUACAUGUUAAGUAUAGAAACCUGACGAGGACAAGUGUGCGCUUUGCUGCCACUUCUUUGCCAGCCGGAGUGGCCUGUUUUCAGUGACGAUCAUGGAUCAUGGUGUACAUGCGUGUAUAUGUUGUGUUCUGAUAGAAUGUACUACAAGAUUUUCUUGGAAUGGUUUGGUACUUCUGUUUUAUUAUGCUAUGAAGAGUGUAUGUGUAUGUUGGUCC